GGAGAAAGUGAAACACGAAUCUGAUUGCAAAGUUCGUCGCUAUGAGUGUCAUCUGUGCAAGGAUUCCUCUAGUUUGAUGAAGCAUCAUUUGAAAGAUCAUCUGCGCGUACAUACCGGCGAGAGACCAUUCCAAUGCGACCAAUGCUCAAAGAGAUUCAAUCAAUCAAGUGCCUUGAAACGACACCGCAAAUCUCACACCAAUCCUCCUCCAUUGAAAUUGAAGUGUUCGACUUGCUUCAAAAACUUUGCACAACAGAAGGAAAAGGAAAGUCACGAAGCCAACUGCAAGCGACGCGGAUACCGAUGCGCUUGGUGCAAGAGCUACACAACUGAUGGUAAAACUCAUUUGAUGGAGCACAUGCGAGUCCACACUGGCGAAAAGCCAUUCCAAUGUGAAGUAUGCUCGAAAUGCUUCUCGCAAAAGGCAAAUCUCAAUCAACACAAGAAGAUUCACAAGGCGCUGUCUGCUGCCAAGGAAUUAAACUUGAAAUUGAUCACAUCGAAAGACAAAACUUUGGCUCAAACAUCAAUUUGCAUUGAAUAA